AUGUCCUCAUCACCCAACGAGUCAAAGACUCUGUGGGACUACCUCGGAAUUGAGGAAGAGGUGGACUAUGAUAGCGAUACCAGUGUCCGCGGUGACACAGGGACAACGUCCGGCUCACUGAUGCCUGAGGCACAACUUUCGAACACCCCAAAUCCGUUCGCUGAACGUGGAGGUGCGAGCGCGCCGCCAGCGCAGCAUGCAGCAUCUGGUUCUGAUGAGACUAUCAUCGCGAACCCGCUCGAUGAGCAACAACAAUUGCUUGUCCAAAGAGAAGAAAACGCUCAGCGUUAUGUACAAAUGGCUGCAACCCUUGAACGCCAGCUUGACUAUGUGUUCACCCCACCCAGUGUGGAGGAACGUCUACGUCAAGCGGCCGGCCAAACAUUGGCAACGUGGGUCAUUGGCCAUGGGCCUAAGACUCCUGAGGAGGUGGUGAGCUGCCAGGCACUUCGUGAGAGAUACCUGGAGCCGCACCUAACGACCCAAGGUGAAACAGUGAGCGAAGAAGACGAUGCCUUCGUUCAUUGGGUGCACUAUGUGCGUCGCCUCAGCAACAUUUUUGCUCUAAGGGCUAGUGCCCAUGCGGCGGAUGUGCGUCUCGAACGCAAGCUUCGGUAUGAUUAUGCCGAGCUUAAGGCCAGAGACCAAUUGCGCAAGCGCACGCGCUAUGCUUCGGCUACUAAGGUCGCCGCGAGUGCUGGUCAGUCUGUGACCAACAACCCGCCAACCCGCACCACUAGUGGUGGGUAA